AUGUCCUCCCCUGCUCUGUUCUGCUCCCUUGAACUGCUCUGCUCUGUUUCCCUGCUGCUCUCCUCUCCUCUGUUUCUGAAAUCUGAAAUGACGGAAACAGAGGGUCAACCUGACUCUGGAAGUGCAACAGCGGGAGGAAAUGUCUUGAGAAGGAACUCAGAUGAUGUGGGAUGGGAGUUUGGGGUUCUUGUUAAUCCGAACAACAAGGACCAGGUGAAGUGCAUACUCUGUGACAAGGUCAUGUUUGGAGGGGUUUAUCGGUUGAAGCAGCAUAUCGCCCUGGAAGGAAAGAAUGCAAAGAAAUGCCAGGGCACGAAGACCUCCAAAGAGAAGUUAAAGGAGGCUCAACAAAAGUGCAAGAAAGCACUAGAUGAAGCAAAAAGGAAGAGGGAGGAGAAGACUGUUCGUGAGAUAGAACUUAGAGAGGAAGUUCAUGUAUCUAGGGUUGGAACCUCAGAGGAAGUCACUUGUGUUGGAAGUUCAGAGCCUCACAAAUUAGGCCCCAUGGACAAAUGGACAAAAGCUAUUGAUCCUACAGCAACCAAAUCUGAAUCUUUGACUCAACAAAAGCUGAACAAGAAACUUUGGAAAGAAAGAUUACAUGAGGUGCAUAAAUAUAUUGCAAGAUGGGCCUAUAACCAUGAGAUGUCAGAUGUGUCACACACAAGUGAAGUCAUCUUUGAACUAGUAGACAAAGCAAUUGAGGACAUUGGUGAGGAUGAUGUGGUGCAAGUUGUGACUGACAAUGCUUCUAACAACAUGGGAGCAAAGAAGCUUCUGCAUGAGAAGAGACCACAGAUCUUUUGGACCUCUUGUGCAGCUCACACAAUCAACUUGAUGCUCCAAGGAAUUGGCAACAUUCCUCGGUUCAAGAAGUUGGUUGACCAAGCAAAGGCAUUCACCAUAUUUGUCUAUGGGCACACAAGAACACUAGAGUGCAUGAGAUACUUCACUGAGGGGAGAGAGAUAGUAAGGCCAGGAGUGACUAGGUUUGCUUCAAACUUUCUGACUUUGGAAAGCAUACAAGAGAAGAAGGACCAGCUAAGAAAGAUGGUGGUUCAUAGUAGGUGGGACUCACUGAAGGAUGUGAAAUCACAGAAGGGAAAAAAUGCUACAGCAACUAUAUCGAAUCCAAAUUUUUGGAAGGAUGUGAAGUUGACAUUGGCUGUUUUUGAGCCAUUGUUCAAAGUUCUUCGUUUGGUUGAUGGAGAUGUGAAGCCAUCCAUGGGUUUCGUAUAUGGAGAACUAUUGAAGGCAAAGAGAAAGAUCAAAGAGGCCCUUUGCAAUGUUGAGUCCCGUUUCAAGGAUGUUAUUGACAUUGUUGAGAAGAAGAUGGCUGGAAGACUUGAUUCUCCAUUGCAUUUGACAGCUUAUUUGCUGAAUCCACACUACAGUUAUGCUGAUCCAUCAAUCUUUGAUGUCCCCAAAAUAACAGAAGGUUUUAUCAGUUGUGUGGAGACUUUUUAUUAUCAUGAUGAGGAAAUGCAAGAACAAGCUGCCAAUGUUGAACUCCAGAAGUUUCAGAGUAGAGAAGGACCACUUAGCAAGAAGCUUGCAAGGACUUUUGAAAACUUUGAUUAUAAUCUAGCAUCAUGGUGGCGGCUGUAUGGAACUGAAACACCAGCUCUACAGAAGAUGGCUACAAGGAUCCUAUCUUUGACAGCAAGCUCUUCUGGUUGUGAAAGAAAUUGGGUGCACACUAAGAAGAGAAACAGGCUUACGGUAGACCGCCUCAACAAGUUGGUCUACAUUCAAUUCAACAACAGGCUGCUUAAUAAGAGAGCAAAGAUCAAGUCAAAGAAAAUUACUGAUGUUCUCUUGUCUAGUGAUACAACUGAAGCUCAAGGUUUCCUCCAAGAGAAUGGAGAUGAUUUGGCAGUAAUUGUUUUUAGAGAUGAUGAAGAUGAGGAACUCAUGAAAGGUACAGGAAUACCUUGGUCUGUGCUUGGAGAUGCAGUGGGAGCAGAAGAACAACUAGAGCUGCGUAGAAGUGCAAGGGUGAGAGAGCUCUAUGAAGGAGAAGAGUUCCAGUCCGAAGAAGAAGAGUUUGAUGAAGAUGAGGAUGACUAUAUGAUGGAUGAUUAG